CUCUCUCUCUCACGAUCGUUGAUUUUCAAAAACCCCGAUCAUCAUCCUACGGCCACAAAUCUCAAUCCGAUCUCCAAUCAAAACCCAUUUCAAACCCUCGAAACUCUGGAUUUGAAUUGAAAUCCGAUAAGAACCCAUUAUUUUUUAUGAUAAUAUACAAAUAAUUCACUAAAAAUAUCAGACUUUUAUGUACAGAAUUACUGAGCGAGGAGAAUUAUGAUGGAUGGCAUCAGUGGAAGCAACAAUUCUGUAAGGAUGCAAACUAGCACAGAAGCUCCAAACCCAUCGAUGCAGAUGCAUUAUGAUCAUCAUCAAAAUCAUCAAAAUGGGAUUCAAAUGAUGAAUAAUGCUAAUGGGAUGAUCAUGAACAAUGGAGAUAAUGAUCAUGAUCAUAAUGGCGUGGUGAACGGUGGUGGUGGUGAUGAUGAUCACGGUGGGACCAUGAUGGUGGCGGCUGAUAAUCUUGGAAAAGAAAAUGGAGAUCAACUAACUCUUACAUUUCAGGGUCAAGUUUAUGUUUUCGAUUCUGUUUCACCUGGAAAGGUUCAAGCUGUGCUCUUGCUGUUGGGAGGCCGGGAAGUGCCUGCUGCAAGCACACCUACUGUUCCAAUUACAACACAUCAUAAUAGUAAUAAUAGGGGGCUGUCUGGUACUCCCCAAAGGUUUAGUGUUCCUCAAAGAUUAGCGUCUUUGAUUAGAUUUCGGGAAAAGCGAAAAGAACGGAACUUUGACAAGAAAAUUCGAUAUACUGUCCGUAAAGAGGUAGCACUUAGAAUGCAACGGAAUAAAGGGCAGUUCACCUCUUCAAAGCCCAAUCAUGAUGACUCUGCAUCAGCAGCUACUAGCUGGGGUUCAAAUGAGAGCGGGGGCUCUGAUAGCAAUGGAUCCCAACAUCAAGAGGCCGUUUGUCGGCAUUGUGGGAUCAGUGAGAAGUCUACACCAAUGAUGCGGCGUGGACCUGAAGGGCCAAGGACGCUUUGUAAUGCAUGCGGACUUAUGUGGGCAAAUAAGGGAACUUUGAGGGACCUCUCCAAGGCAGCUCCCCAUACCGGACCCAGCUCUUCUUCCAUGAACAGCAAUGCCAUGGAUGGAAAUACUGAUGGCAACCAAAGAGUCGCAUGGAAAAAUGACUUCUCAUGAGACCAUUUAUUGCUAGGGCUAUAGUUUGUAGGAACAUAAGGGUUGAAGUGCUCAUCUAGGUUGUUUUCAUUGGACGAGUUGUCAAGAGUCGGAGCACUUGCCUUUCGAGUUGCAUGCUUCCUCGUUCUUUGUCCGAAAGAUGAUUCUCGUAAGACAGAUUUAGUACGUUUUGUUGUGCUCAGUUUCGAACAUAUUUUUUCCCAUCUUUAUAAUCGAUGUAGGCUUCCUUUUCUAAUAAGUUUAAAAAAGGAAUCAUUUA